GCAACCCUGCGCGGCAUGCAUCUUGCGGUGACCAGUUCUGCGCAGAUUUAGCUCAUCCCAAACGAGACUAUCGUUUAAUGGCAAAAGGAUUGAAGAGGAUAGGAUGUCGAUUCAUUAAUUGAUAAGCUGUUACCUAACAAAAGCUGUUUAUUCAGCGUAGUGAAGCCUAUCCUCCAUUGGAAUCCAUUCAAAAAGCGGCUUUGGUCUCCUUCCCUGCGUACAGCCAAAGCAGCAGCGGCAACAUUGUUACGCUUUUUUUGGCUAAAGGUUCCAGAGAGUCACGCUUCAUCACGACUGAUCAGAACUCGUUCACGGAAAGACGGUUUUGUAAGUGUAUUCAGCACCCCCGAAAAGGCAUAAGAUGUGCGUACUGUUUUAUUCAGUUCUUGCGGUGAAGAAUUCUGUAGAAUGAGAGAGGAAGAUACAGAGGAAAAAACAGAUUCGAUGGGACUGAAGGAAGACAAGCAGCAUCAGUUUGAAAAACCUCAACAUUUUAAAAAGGAAGAUGGAAAUGCAGUCAUUUCACAGACUGAACAGAAUUUCACACAAAAACAAGCUGGAAAAACUGGAGCCAAUGGAUCUUUCACAUGCACUCAGUGUGGGAAGAGUUUCAGUGAGAAAUCAAAGUUUAAAAGACACAUGACCGUUCACACUGGAGAGAAGCCUUAUACAUGCACUCAGUGUGGAAAGGGUUUCAGUCAGAAAUCAAACCGUAACAGACACAUGAGAUCUCACACUAGAGAGAAGCCUUAUACUUGCAUUCAGUCUGGAAAGGGUUUCUUCGUCAAAGAAGACCUAAAUGUGCACAUGAUAAUUCAUACUGGAGAGAGUCCCUUCACAUGCAUUCUGUGUGGAAAGAGUUUCAGUGAGAAAUCAAAGUUUAAAAGACACAUGACAGUUCACACUGGAGAGAAGCCUUAUACAUGCACUCAGUGUGGAAAGGGUUUCAGUCAGAAAUCAAACCGUAACAGACACAUGAGAUCUCACACUGGAGAGAAGCCUUAUACUUGCCCUCAGUCUGGGAAGGGCUUCUUCGUCAAAGAAGAACUAAAUGUGCACAUGAGUGUUCAACAAACAGAUUCGAUGGGACUGAAGGAAGACAAGCAGCAUCAGUUUGAAAAACCUCAUCAUUUUAAAAAUGAAGAUGGAAAUGCAGUCAUUUCACAGACUGAACAGGAUUUCACACAAAAACAAGCUGGAAAAACUGGAGCCAAAGGAUCCUUCACAUGCACUCAGUGUGGGAAGAGUUUCGGUCGGAAAUCAGAUUUUAAUGUUCACAUGAGAUCUCACACUGGAGAGAAGCCUUAUACAUGCACUCAGUGUGGAAAGAGUUUCAGUCAGAAAUCAAACCGUAACAGACACAUGAGAUCUCACACUGGAGAGAAGCCUUAUACUUGCACUCAGUGUGAAAAGGGUUUCUUUUUCAAAGAAGAACUAAAUGUGCACAUGAGAAUUCAUACUGGAGAAAGACCGUUCACAUGCACUCUGUGUGGAAAGUGUUUUGGUAAGAAAUCAGAUUUUAAUGGACACAUGAGAUAUCACACUGGAGAGAAGCCUUAUACAUGUACUCAGUGUGGAAAGAGUUUCUGUCAGAAAUCAAACCGUAACAGACACAUGAGAGUUCACACUAGAGAGAAGCAUUAUACAUGCACUCAGUGUGAAAAGGGUUUCUUUGUCAAAGAAGAACUAAAUGUGCACAUGAAAAUUCAUACUGGAGAAAGUCCGUUCACAUGCACUCUGUGUGGAAAGAGUUUCGGUCAGAAAUCAAAGUUUAAGAGACACAUGAGAUAUCACACUGGAGAGCGGCCUUAUACAUGCACUCAGUGUGGAAAGGGUUUCUUUGUGAAAGGAGAACUUAAUGUGCACAUGAGAAUUCACACGGGAGAAAGACCGUUCACAUGCACUCAUUGUGGAAUGAGUUUUAAGUCCAAAGUUGUCCUGAAAAAACAUCAGCUCUCUCACUCCGGAGUGAGAUCAUUCAGCUGUGAUCAGUGUGAUAAAACGUUUGUUUUCGCAUCAUACUUAAAAAAACAUCUUAAACUUCAUGCUGGUGUGAAGCGUCACUUUUGCACUUUUUGUGGAAAGAGUUUUACACAACCGUACAGUUUACAAGUUCAUCAGAGUAUUCAUACUGGUGUGAGACCUUAUGUGUGCUCUGACUGUGGCAAGACCUUUCUUACAUCUAGUGACAUAAAAAAACACCAGAGGAUUCACACUGGAGAGAAACCGUACAAGUGCUCACACUGUGGAAAGAGCUUCGCUGAUUCAUCAACCUUGAAAACACAUGAGAGAAUUCAUACUGGAGAAAAGCCAUACCAGUGCUCUUCAUGUGGGAAGGAUUUCACCCGCUCAUUUACUCUAAUAAAACAUAAGAAAAAGCAUUGCCCACAGUUGUCUUAGUCACAUUCAGAUCCAUCACUUUCAAGUAAAUAAUUCAAUAUUCAGAUUAAUCAAAAAUUGGUAUUAUCUGAAAAAAUGUAAUCCAAGUUUGAAAAUCUGAGAAAUACAAAACAAUAAAAAAAAAUAUUUUUAAGAGCAUUCUUUUAAUGGCACCAGAUAUUUUUCUAUUUAUAUUUCAAAAGUGAUUCUUCUCAUAUGGACUCUAAAUGCACACUGAGAGAAGAUCAAAUUGCUCAGGAAAAGGGAAUCGUCUCUGGCAAUUCAGCAGUCUUUGACAGAUGCUAUCUAGUAGCAGUUAAAGUAGAAGUUUUAAGAUUACACAUUGUAUGGUUAUACCUUUUGACAAACAGUUUGGUAAAAUUUUUAAAGUUUUUAAGCAGAUUUUAAAUAUGAAGUUAUGACAAUAAUUUGUCAGUGCCACAGAUGUUCCUCGAUGUCGCUAUUUUAAUUUCAACUAGCUGGUUCAUGAUUUAUGAAACGAGUCAACUGAUGUGAACUGUGAUUUUUAUUUUUAUUGGGAGAAAUCUACAUCGGACAACUUAUGCAUUGUAUUAAUAAUACUUUUAUAAUCCAACCAAUAUAUCCGAGAUGUUUUUGUUUUUUCCCACUACAACCCAUUUCUCAAUACUUUGGUCACUUUUUCAAAACUCUUCACACAGUGAUCAACAGCAGUCUAUGUGACUAAACUGAGGAUCAUUAUCAUUGCUUUGGCACUAGUGCUGUCAAACGAUUAAUUGCGAUUAAUCGCAUCCAAAAUAAAAGUUUUUGUGUACAUAAUAUAUAUGUGUGUACUGUGUAUAUUUAUUAAGUAUAUAUAAAUACACACACAUGCACAUAUAUAUUUAAGAGAAAUAUGUUAUGUUUAUAUAUUAAAUAUAUUUAUAUAUAAUAUAAAUUUAUAUAUACAUAAUAAAUAUACACAGUACACACACACACACACACAUAUAUAAACAAAAACUUUUAUUUUGGAUGCAAUUAAUCGCGAUUAAUCAUUUGACAGCACUAAGUGGCACAAUAUUACAUUCAAUGACGACUACUUUGAAAUUACAUGAAUUCUUUUCUCUUUCAGACACAAAAACCACCAAAAUAUUACAGAUCAAUUUGCACGUUUGCAUAGGCUACUCUUUUCGAAACUUAACAUAAUAAUACAGCAAUUUGCUACGUUUCUUAAUUAAUACAGUGAAUUAUAUUCCAAACACAUAAAAAUUGCCGGAAUUUGUUUCAAUAGAGUGAUUUAUAAGUGGGUCAUUUGCUAAAAUGAGUGAAGUUUGAUUAUUUGACAAAGGACAUUUUGGCAAGGCCAGUAUUAGUUUUUGAAACUAGUGUGUUGCUGUAUAUGAAGAGAUGUUUUGUUGUUGUUUGUUUGUUUAUUUGAGGAGUUCAUUUAUUUUCAUUAAUUGUGCACACUAUAGCUCAAAUAUAAAUUAUGCAUUGAAAGAAUGUAGAAUCACAUUUUGAACAUAGAAUAUUACUUUUUUUUUUGCAUUUAAUAAAAGAGACUGUACAUUUUUAUGAGACAUACUAGUUUACAUGAAAUCAAGGGGUUACCCUUACAGAAGAACCACAUGCAAUUACAUGUUUAAUCAUGUGCAUCAUGCUCUACUGUUUGAAAUACAAUACUAAUAAAACUAAAAUUGCACUACACGUUUUUCAGUUCAAAUUUGUUUAGAAUAUGAGAGAAGAUUAAACUGGUUAUGAAACCUGAAUGAAAUGAACAUGCAGUGUCUGUGGCAAAGCAGCUAAGUGGUGAACUUUUACUGGUCAAUGAUUAAGUAAACUUUGAGUAAAAAAGUGAUGACAUACUCAUAGAUCGAUUACAAAACUAUAGGGGUAUUCAAGGGCAGGCUUUAAGAUGGUUUAGAUCCUACCUGUCAGUUCGCUACCACUUUGUUUAUUUAAACGGGGAGUCAUCUCAAUUAUCACCAGUAAAGUAUGGAGUACCACAAGGAUCUGCCCUAGGUCCUCUGCUAUUUUCAAUAUACAUGUUGCCCCUUGGUAAUAUUAUUAGAAAAUACGGGAUUAGUUUCCAUUGUUAUACUGAGGAUACUCAACUAUAUAUCUAUAUAUAACAAGACCAGAUGAAACUUCUAAAUUAUCUAAGCUAACAGAGUGUGUUAAAAAUGUGAAAAUGUGAUAUUAAAUUCAGAUAAGACAGAGAUAUUACUUAUUGGACCAAAAAACAGUACACAGAAUCUCUUGGAUUACAAUUUGCAACUAGACGGAUAUACUGUUACUUCCUCUACAGUCAAAAAUCUGGGUGUUAUAUUAGACAGCAACUUGUCUUUUGAAAAUUAUAUUUCCAAUGUUACAAAAACAGCAUUCUUCCAUCUUAGAAACAUUGCCAAGCUACGAAACGUGUUACCUGAAAAGCUAAUUCAUGCAUUCAUGACCUCUAGACUGGACUAUUGUAAUGCACUGCUAGCUGGUUGUCCUGCAUCUUCAAUAAACAAGCUACAGGUAGUCCAAAAUGCAGCGGCUAGAGUCCUUACCAGGUCAAAAAAAUAUCAUCACAUUAUCCCAAUUUUACGGUCUCUGCACUGGCUCUCUAUUAAGUUCCGUAUCAGUUACAAAAUAUUAUUACUUGCCUAUAAGGCCCUAAAUGAUUUAGCUCCUGCAUACCUAAGUCUUCUACCACGCUACAACCCAACACGUUCCCUAAGGUUGCAAAACUCUGGACUUUUGGUAGUACCUACGAUAGCAAAGUCCACUAAAGGAGGAGCUUUUUCACAUUUGGCUCCCAAACUCUGGAAUAGCCUUCCUGAUAACUUUCGGGGUUCAGACACACUCUCUCUGUUUAAAUCUAGAUUAAAGACACCUCUCUUUAGCCAAGCAUUCACAUAAUGCAUCAUAUAUAAUCUUGUACUGCAGUUAUAUCUGCUCAAAUGCACAUUAUUAUUCUUUAGCUUAAUUUUUUCUUGGAUGGAACAGCAGCUACGCUAAUUAUGUCUCUAUUUGUUUCUCUGUUUUUGCCGCGGGAUUAACAUCCCGUGGUAACUAGGAAUUACAGAAGCUUCAGUCUGGAUUCAACCCUUAAAUGAUCUGAGAUGACCAAACACCUGAGAAGAGAUGAUGCCAACCUCUCAGAGGAUGCCAACCCUCAGACAAUAUACAGAAUUACCAAAUUUUGCCAUAAGUUAAAUAUAUUAUGUUUCUACAAUAACUUAAUUUCCUGUAAAGCUGCUUUGCAACGAUAUGUAUCGUAAAAGCGCUAAACAAAUAAACUUGAAUUGAGUAAACUUAAUAUAUAGAUUUUUAGUUUGAAGCAGAUUCUGUGUCUCAUCAUCAGAAUAAUUCUGUAUACUUAAAGAGAUAGUUCACCCAAAAUGAAAAUUCUGUCAUUAAUUACUCACCCUCAUGUUGUUCCAAACCUCCGUUCGUCUUCGGAACACAAGUUAAGAUAUUUUAGAUGAAUUCUGAGAGCUCUCUGACCCUCCCAUAAUGUAAUUACCAAGAUCAAGGUCCAGAAAUGUAGCAAGGACAUCGUAAAAUAAUUCAUGUGACAUCAGUAUACACUAAAUGUAAACAACAUAUGCUGUUCUGUGUCAGCCCCGCGGAUAUGUUGUUUUCGUUCAAAUCAAAGUGUAAACAACGAAAACGUAUCCGCGUGGAGCAGCUGACACAGAACAGCAUUGUUUACGUUCAGGAUACUCUCCAAAAUGUUGCUAUAGGGUGACACAGAGGAGACAAAUUGUUGAAUAAAGUCGUUAUUUUUGUUUUCUUUGCAUACAAAAAGUAAUUUCUUAGCUUCAUAAAAUUGUGGUUGAACCACCGAUGCCACCCGGUUGAAAACACCAGGACGGUUAGGUAGGUUUUGAAUCUUGGAUGCUGGUUUAAACUGGUCCUAAACUGGUCCGACCAUUUUAGGACCAGCUUAAAGCAGCAAAGUACCAGAUUAAACCAGCAUCCAUGCUUCAAAACCUACCUAACCAGCAUGCUGUUUUUUUCCAACAGGGUAAAUCGAGUUUAAAAUCUUGCUGAACUGAAUGAAUAUUAUUAAUACAAUGCAUUUAAGUUGUCCGAUUUAGAUUUUUCUCAGUGAAAAUAAAAUCACAAUCUGAUACACAGUUGCCUUGUUUCAUGAAUCACAAUAGAUUCAUCCAACUCCAGUGGCUAAAAAUGAAAACAAAUGGCGACAUCUAGAGGAACAUCUGUGGCACUGACAAACUAUAAUCAUAACUUCAUGCAAGGACAGACCACACAAAAUCUGCAUAAAACAUUUUUUUUGCAUAUAAUGUAUGAUCUCAAGGCCGUAACCAUGUCUUGAAUAUUGGAGGGGACCAAUUCUAUGUGUACAUACAUACUUUUAUUAAACUUUUAUUAAUAAAUUAGUUUCAAUACUGAACUGCUAUAUAAUGUCUCUCAGCAAGGCGGUAAAAUCCUACGGUGGCCGAGAGAGCUCAACGCGCUGCAACUUCAGAAAACACAUGCAAACAGAAA